AUUAUUUUAGUUCAUUAAUCUGUGUUGAAAAAGUGUUUGGACUUCGUGUGUUUGGUAUUUUGGUUCUGUUCAUUUGGCGUUUCUGAGUUUUCGGAAUUUUAAAGCUAAACGCUCCUCUUAAAAUGGGAGAUUACGACGAUUUUGAAGACAACCAAUACCCCGACAACGACGAGUUUGUGCCGUAUGUAACCGGCAGUCACCUUACUCAAAGAAAUGGCGCGAAAGUGGUAAUGUGGGGUAAAGUCACAAAAGUUUCUGCAGGUGAUGGCUUCGUUGUGAAGACCGUGGAUGAUCAUGAGGUACAGAUAAGGUUAAAAAGGCCGUUAAAUGAGCCUCUAGAAGGUUGGUACGAGCUAUAUGGGGUUUCACAAGGGAAAAGUGUGCUCUGUGACGAGUAUGUACCAUUGUCUGAAGAGAUGACGAAGAACAUUGAUUUGGAAGGUCAUAAGGGCUUGGCGCGACUGUUAGCAGCCUUGGAUGACCCUUGGAAUCUUGGUGACGAGGCAACUGGAAUAGCUGGUGUGGCACCGAUGGAGUGAGCGUAGGGUCUUACACAAAAAGUUGUAUAUUUGUAAUUUAUUUUAAGUGAUAGCAAAUA